GAACCGUAAAAACGACCCGUGUCAUUGAGUGCGGUAGAACUUGCCUAUAUGGUCGUCGGAGCACAGAUCGACAUAUCACAUAUACCCCCGCGGGUGCAAAAACUGCAAAACUUUCGACCGAUGUGCAUAUUCCAUUUCUCUUGCAUCCUUACCAUCAAUUUUCAAGACUCUGGUAUGAGGAACUUAAUGUUUUCUGGCUAAAGCAUGAACUAACCAUUCGCUCUAUCACUUUCAAGGUCGAAAAGAUGACAAUCGUGGAAAACAUCAUUUCAACUUCUCCUAACAAAAAUAGUUCUGCUAAGAAUAUUACCGUGACCACCAUAGCGAACAUUGAUGAUGAAGAUCUGAACCGAUUAUCACGAAAGAUAGCAAAGCGAGGUGAAACCUUCAAGCCUCGAACUUCUCAACUCGAUCGGGAGACAUUGGAAACACAUGAGGAUCCGUUUAGAGGAUUUUUCACAUUGUUCUGGAUUGCAAUGGUUUUCUACACUCUUAAAAUUG